AUGGUCAGAUAUGAAUCUAGCCUAGUUGUGGAAACGGAUGCAGUAAAGGAGGUUAAGCUACCUCAUACGGCAAAGAUAAUCCUCGUGAAAUCAGCGGCUGCUGUUCAAGAGUCUCCAUUUGCAAAGUAUCUGUAUGUAUCUGACAAUGGCAUUAAGGUGUAUCGGCUUUUGCCGUUUAAGAUGCAUCAUGAGAUUGAGUACAGUGGAAAUGUUUCGGACAUUGUAGUUAUUGGUGAACGGAUGGUUGUGCUUUCGAAGGAGUCUAUAGUUGUAUGGGAUGGAAAGAAGACUCAGGCUGUUACAGAUCACUUUGAUGGGUAUCUUGGGAAGAUCGGACGUGACAUUGGCGUGCAGGAAAGCGAACGGCUAUCUGUAUACUCAACAGAAACGCUUGAAUUGAAAGAUACAUACGUUGCAAGCACGCAUUACUGCAUACGAGAUGUGCUUUUGACAUCUAUAGGGCAUGAGGUUUCACUGUACUGCAAAGGAAAGAAAGUUCUUGUGAUAUACAUGCCUGAAAGAAUAACCAAAGUGUGCACUGACCCGCUUCUUACAAAUAUAUACUGUGGAGCAUGUGAUGGAAGGAUAUUCUGUUCAAACACAAGCAGUAAAGAGCCAAUAAUCAUGGUAUACCACAAAAGUGCAAUAGUUGGCCUAGAAAUAAGCUUCUGUGGAGAAUAUCUGUACUCUACAAGCGAAGAAGGCACUAUUUGCAUAUGGGACUUGAACACAAAUACGGUUGUUGGUAAGGUGGAAAUGGGUAGUCCAGUGCGAAAAAUCAAGGCAGCAUACAUUUCAGAAUGGACGGCUAGUCUGCAAUAA